CAGAGAGGUAGCGGUUUUUGCUGCUCCGGAGCAAUGGCUCGGGCAGCUUUGCCGCCUCUCUUGGUCCUCACCGCGUUUUUACUGACCCGGUGCACCACUCAAGUUUUGCGGCAGCAGCAGCACUUGGCAGCGCCACAGCAACGAGGUUUGUUUCCAGCAGUGCUAAACUUGGCUUCUAAUGCACUCAUCACAACCAAUGCUACCUGUGGUAAAAGAGGUCCUGAAAUGUACUGCAAGUUGGUGGAACAUGUACCUGGACAACCUGUGAAAAAUCCUCAGUGUCGGAUCUGUGACCUGCACAGUAGGAUUCCAAACUUGCGGCACCCAAUAACAAAUGCAAUUGAUGGCAAGAAUACCUGGUGGCAAAGUCCUAGCAUUCAAAAUGGGAUGGAAUACCAUUAUGUGACCAUCACACUAGACCUGCGGCAGGUGUUCCAGAUUGCCUAUGUCAUUGUAAAAUCAGCUAAUUCUCCAAGACCUGGGAACUGGGUUUUGGAACGUUCAUUGGAUGGCACUGACUAUCAACCCUGGCAGUAUCAUGCUAUCACAGACACGGAAUGUUUGACUCGCUACAACAUUCCUCCCCGUACUGGACCCCCAUCAUAUGCAAAAGAUGAUGAAGUUAUAUGCACCUCGUAUUACUCCAAGAUCCAUCCUCUGGAGAAUGGUGAGAUUCAUACAUCUUUGAUCAAUGGGCGGCCAAGUGCAGAUGACCCUUCUCCAGCAUUGUUAGAAUUUACCUCUGCUCGCUAUAUUCGUCUGAGAUUUCAGAGGAUACGGACGCUGAAUGCUGAUUUAAUGAUGCUUGCAUACAGAGAUCCCAAAGAAAUUGACCCAAUAGUUACAAGGAGGUAUUAUUAUUCUGUUAAAGAUAUCUCCGUUGGAGGAAUGUGUAUCUGUUUUGGCCAUGCAAGGGCAUGCCCACUGAAUCCAGCUACUAAUAGAUCAUCUUGUGAAUGUGAACACAACACAUGUGGAGAAAGUUGUAAUCGAUGCUGCCCUGGAUUUAAUCAGAAGCCUUGGCAAGCUGGGACCUUCCUUGUGAAGCAUGAGUGUGAAGCGUGCAAUUGUCAUGGGAAGGCUGAAGAAUGCUACUAUGAUCAGACUGUGGCAGACAGAAAGCAGAGUCUGAAUAUCCACGGAGAAUACAUCGGGGGUGGAGUGUGCAUUAACUGCACACAAAACACUGCAGGCAUCAAUUGUGAAACCUGCAUUGAUGGGUACUUCAGGCCCAAAGGGGUGCUGCCUCGUGACCGCAAUCCAUGCCAACAGUGUCAUUGUGAUUCCAUUGGCUGUUUAAAUGGCACUUGUGUGAAGAAUGAGAAACAGGCGGCAGGAGACCUGCUCCCAGGAUUCUGCCACUGUAAACCUGGCUAUGCAGGUGAGAGGUGCGACAGGUGCUCAUUAGGUUACAAGGGCUAUCCUCACUGUGCACCCUGCAACUGUUCUCUGAAAGGCAGUUUAAAUGAUGACCCCUGCCUAGGACCCUGCAUUUGUAAGGACCAUGUUGAAGGAGAGAACUGUGAUCGUUGUAAAGUAGGCUUCUUUAAUCUGCAGCAAGACAACCCCAGAGGCUGUGAGGAAUGUUUCUGCUCAGGAAUAACAAAUGACUGUGUGGGCUCUCACUGGACCUACAACACUAUUGGGAGCAUGACUGGCUGGUACCUGACAGAUGUACCUGGUCUCGCUCGAGUUACUCCUCAGCAGGACAGCUUUGAUGGACCCCAGCAGCUUAGCAUCAACAAUGUGGCUGCAAGGAGCUUAUUGCAGCAGAUUUAUUAUUGGAGCGCACCCAGUCCUUACUUGGGCAACAAAAUAACAGCUGCUGGAGGUCAUCUGAAAUUUACCAUUUCGUAUGAUCUCACAGGGGAAGAAGAUGCCACUGAAGCAAUGCUUCAGUCUGAUGUCAUCAUAGAGGGAAGUGGCCUGAGAAUCAGUACAUCUCAAGAGGGAAUUCAUCUGAACCCAUUUGAAGAACAUACUGAAGAAGUCUUGCUGAAGCACGAUUUAUUUAUGCUGCAUGGUACUGACUUGCUGGUCAGCAAAAGGGAAUUCAUGACUGUGCUGACAAAUAUAAAGAGACUCCUCAUAAGAGCUACAUACAGCUAUGGGAUGAAUGCCAUCUACAGGUUGAGUGGUGUCAGCCUGGAAGCUGCUGAUCGCUUUUCAUCUGGACAAAAAUAUGCAUCUGCUGUAGAAGUUUGCCAGUGUCCUCCAGGUUAUUCUGGUACCUCCUGUGAGUCUUGUUGGCCAAGGCACAGAAGAGUUAAUGGUACUAUUGUUGGCGGAAUAUGUAGACAGUGCACAUGCUUCGGACAUGCGGAGUCCUGCAAUGACAUCACAGGAGAAUGCCUGGACUGCAAGCACAACACAGGUGGCCCAUAUUGUGAUAGAUGUCUUCCUGGUUUCUAUGGAGAUGCUACUAAAGGGAAACCUGAUGAUUGUCAGCUGUGUGCCUGUCCACUGAAUAUCCCUUCAAACAAUUUUAGCCCAACGUGCCAUUUGGAGCAAAGUCAUGGAUUAAUAUGUGACGAAUGCCCCCUUGGGUAUUCUGGCUCACGUUGCGAGAGGUGUGCAGAAGGCUAUUUUGGACAACCUUUAAUACCAGGGUCAUCAUGCCAGCCCUGCCAGUGCAAUGACAACCUCGACUUCUCCAUUCCUGGCAGCUGUGACAGCUUGUCUGGAGCUUGUCUGAGAUGUAAGCCAGGUACAACAGGCCAAUACUGUGAAAAGUGUUCUGAUGGGUAUUUCGGAGAUGCUCUUGAUGCAAAGAACUGUCAACCUUGCCGCUGCAACGUCAAUGGUUCAUUCUCAGAAACCUGCAAUUUGCAUACUGGACAAUGUGAUUGCAAGCCUAACAUUGUAGGGCGUCGAUGUGAUGAGUGUAAGCCUGGAACCUUUGGCGUACAGUCAUCCAGAGGCUGUGUUCCUUGCAACUGUAAUUCAUUUGGAUCUAAAUCUUUUGAUUGUGAUGAAACUGGACAGUGCCACUGCCAACCAGGUGUUGCAGGAAAGAAGUGUGACCGUUGUGCUCAUGGAUUUUAUGGCUUUGAUGAAGGAGGAUGCACCCCUUGUGAGUGUCCUCAUCUUGGUAAUAAUUGUGAUCCACACACUGGUCGUUGCAUCUGCCCUCCCAAUACUGUAGGAGAGAGGUGUGAUAAAUGUGCACCAAACUUCUGGGGUCAUGACAUGGUCAGUGGGUGCAAGGCCUGUGAUUGCAGCGUAGCUGGAUCCCUCAGUUUACAGUGUAACCCUGAUACUGGCUGCUGUUUCUGCCGCCCAGAGUUCUCUGGGGAUAAAUGCUCUGAAUGCAGGCUUGGAUAUCGCAACUACCCACAAUGCAUUGCCUGUGAAUGCCUGACAGCAGGGACCGAGCAACAUACUUGCGAUUCAGAAAUGGAAAAAUGCUCAUGUGCUGAUCAUACAGGACAAUGCACCUGCAAGGUUAAUGUGGAGGGUGUUUACUGUGACAGGUGCAAACCUGGCAGGUUUGGACUCUAUGCCAGGAAUCCACUUGGCUGUAGCAGCUGCUACUGCUUUGGUCUGACAUCCCAGUGCAGUGAGGCACAGGGGCUGGUCCGCAUGUGGUUGACUCUGAAGCCAGAUCAGGUAAUCGUUCCUCUGGUAGAUGAAAAUGUCCAGCACCGAACUAUCCAAGGGAUUGAAUACCAGCAUCCGGAGACUGUUGCAGAUGUUGAACGAGUGAUGAAUGACCUACGCUCAGAACUAUUUUAUUGGAGACUUCCAGAACAGUUUGAAGGACAGAAGUUGAUGGCUUAUGGGGGAAAGCUGAAAUAUGCUAUCUACUUUGAAGCACGGGAAGAAACUGGCUUUACAACCUAUAAGCCCCAGAUCAUCAUCAGAGGUGGGCUUCCCACGCAUACUAGAAUGAUCGUUAGGCAUGUAGCUGCUCCUUUGAUUGGUCAGUUGACAAGGCACGAUAUUGAAAUGACAGAGCACGAAUGGAAAUAUUAUGGAGAUGACCCCAGGGUCACUAGGACUGUGACCCGUGAGGACUUCAUGGAUAUCCUGUACAAUGUUCAUUAUAUACUUAUUAAGGCUAGUCAUGGGAGCUUCAUGAGAAAAAGCAGAAUAUCUGAAAUCUCCAUGGAGGUUGCAGAGGAAGGAAAUGUAUCAGGAAGAACUCCUCGUGCUCAACUGAUUGAGAAAUGUGACUGCCCUUUGGGAUAUUCUGGCUUGUCUUGUGAGGCAUGCUCCCCAGGUUUUUAUAGACUCGUUUCCACAUCAGCUGGCAGAAGACCAGGUCCUGCUUUAGGUGCCUGUGUGCCAUGUCAGUGUCAUGGGCAUAGUGACAUGUGUGAUCCUGAAACCUCUGUAUGUCAGAACUGCCAUCACAACACCAGUGGUGACCGCUGUGAAAGGUGUGCUGUUGGGUUCUAUGGGGUUAUUCGAGGCUCUCCUGAUGACUGUCGGCCUUGUGCGUGCCCUUUGCCUGUUUCCAGCAACAACUUUAGCCCCUCAUGUGUCUCAGAAGGAAUCAGUGAUUACCGAUGUACUGCUUGCCCAACUGGAUAUGAAGGACAGUAUUGUGAAAGGUGUGCUUCUGGUUAUACUGGGAAUCCAAGAAUUCCAGGUGGAUCUUGUCAAGAAUUCUGUGAUGAUGAGUGCACUGGAGUCCUUCUCCGUGACUUGGAUCAGCUAAACCAGAUGGCUUUGAGUGUCAAUCUCAGUGGCCCGCUUCACCCGCCAUAUAAAAUGCUGUAUUCUUUUGAAAAUACAACCCAGGAAUUAAAGCAUUUAUUAUCACCACAACGAGCACCAGAGAGACUCCUCCAGUUGGCACAGAAGAACUUGGAUACCCUUGUGACAGAAAUGGAUGAGCUUUUGACUAGGGCGACCAAGGUGACAGCGGAUGGGGAGCAAACUGGACAGGAUGCUGAGAGGACUAAUGAGAGAGCAAAGAGGCUUGGACAGUUCAUCAAGGGCACUCUUCAGGCUGCAGAAGCUACAUAUGCAACGGUUUUAAAAUUGAAUGAGACACUUGGAACCCCUGACAAGCCCUUGGAGAAAAGUCUUCAAGAAUUACAGAAUGAUAUUCACAAAAUGAUGGCAGAACUCAGAAGAAGAAAGCUGCAAGUGCAAGAGGAAGCUGCUCAAGAUGAAUUAGAAGAGGCAGAAGCCCUCUUGAAAAGAGUGAAUAAAUUGUUUGGAGAGCCUAGGAAGAAAACGGAGGAGCUCAAGAAUGAAGUCAGAGACAAGCUGGUAGACUACCAAGACAAAGCAGAUGAUGCUUUGGACCUGUUGAGAGAAGCAACCAAUAAAAUUAGGGAGGCAGAUAGAUUGUCUGCAAUCAACCAAAGAAACAUGACAGCAGUGGAUAAAAGGAAGCAAGCUAUAGAAGAUGGAAGACAGGAAGCUGAAAAUACUAUAAAAGAAGGGAAUGACAUUCUUAAUGAGGCUAAUGACCUUGCAAAUGGAAUCAAUUUAGCUGUAGAGUAUGUGGAUGAUGUUCGGGACAAAAUAAGUCCAUUAUCUGAUGAGCUAAAGGAUAAAAUAGACGAUCUGUCCCAAGACAUCAAAGACAGGAGACUUCCAGAAAAAGUAUUGGAGGCAGAGAAUCAUGCAGCACAGCUGAAUGAUUCAUCUUCAAUACUGGAUGGGAUCCUCGAUGAAGCAAAAAAUCUCUCAUUCAAUGCCACAGUUGCUUUUAAGGCCUACAGUAACAUCAAGGAUUAUAUUGAUAAAGCUGAUGGAAUUGCCAAAGAAGCUAAAGCCCGUGCCAAUGAAGCUAUACGACUGGCAUCUGGUCCAGAAGGAUCAUUAAAGGAUGGUGCUAAGAGUGCUCUGCAAAAAAGCUUCAGGGUUCUUAAUGAUGCCAACAGGCAAGCAAAUGAUGUUAAAGAAAAUGAGGAUAAUCUAAAAGGCAUGCAGAAUAGGUUGAAAGAUGCUGAGGAAAAGAAUUCCAAUCUCCUGAGAGCUUUGAAUGACACAUUGGGGAAACUGUCAGCAAUUCCUAAUGAUACUGCAGCCAAGGUGCAAGCUGUCAAAGACAAAGCUGCACAAGCUAAUGAUACUGCAAAUGAUGUACUGGCCAGGAUCAGAGAUCUCAACAAGAAUCUUCUUGGUGUAAAAGACAACUACAGAAAACUUACUGAUGAUGUGACCCAAACAAAUGCUGCUGUAAAAGAUCCCACCAAAAACAUUGCUGAUGCAGAUGACACUGUUAAAAAUCUGGAAAAGGAAGCGGAUCGGCUGAUGGAUAAACUCAAACCAAUCAAACAACUUCAGGAUAACUUGGGAAAAAACAUCUCUCAGAUCAAAGAACUGAUAAAUCAAGCAAGGAAGCAAGCCAAUUCUAUUAAAGUUUCUGUUUCUUCUGGAGGCAACUGCAUUCGCACAUACAGACCAGAGAUAAAGAAAGGAAGCUACAACACUGUUAUUCUCAAUGUAAAGACAACAGUUGCAGACAAUCUACUUUUUUAUCUUGGAAGUAACAGAUUUACUGACUUUUUGGCCAUAGAAAUGCGUAAAGGCAAAGUGGAUUUUUUGUGGGAUGUGGGAUCUGGUGUUGGACGUGUUGACUAUCCAGAUUUGACAAUAGAUGAUGGAUUUUGGUACCGAAUUGAAGCAUCAAGGACUGGACGAAAUGGAACAAUUUCAGUGCGGGCACUGGAAGGUCCUAAAGCCAGCAUUGUAGCAAGCACCUUCAGUGCAAUUUCUCCACCUGGUUACACCAUUCUGGAUGUGGAUGCAAAUGCUAUGUUGUUUGUUGGAGGUCUCACUGGAAAAAUAAAGAAAUCUGAUGCUGUGAGAAUCACUACUUUCACUGGCUGUAUGGGAGAGACUUAUUUAGAUGGCAAACCAAUAGGACUGUGGAAUUUCAGAGACAUUGAGGGAGAAUGUAAAGGAUGUGCUGUCAGCCCACAGGUGGCAGACAGUGAGGGAACUGUUCAGUUUGAUGGAGAGGGGCAUGCUAUUGUGAGCCGCCCAAUAAGGUGGAACCCAAAUAUCUCCAUGGUCAUGUUCAAGUUCAAGACAUUCUCUUCCACUGCUCUUCUGAUGUACCUUGCUACACAAGAUUUGAAAGAUUUCAUGAGCAUAGAGCUCAGUGAUGGGCGUAUUAAAGUCAGUUACGAUCUAGGUUCAGGAACCGCUUCUGUUAUCGGCAACCAGAACCACAAUGAUGGGAAAUGGAAAUCAUUCACCUUGUCAAGAAUUCUAAAACAAGCAAACAUAUCCAUUGUAGACAUAGACUCAAAUCAGGAAGAAAUCAUAUCAACAGUUUCUACAGGAAAACACUUUGGCCUCAACUUGAAAGCAAAUGAGCCAAUAUAUUUUGGUGGAUUGCCAACACUGAGAAAUCUAAGGCCUGAAGUAAAUUUAAAGAAAUAUUCAGGCUGCCUCAAAGAUAUUGAAAUUUCCCGGACACCGUACAAUCUUCUAAGCAGUCCUGACUAUGUCGGCAUUACCAAAGGAUGUACACUGGAGAAUGUCUACACAGUCAGCUUCCCUAAACCAGGUUUUGUGGAGCUGCCACCUGUUUCAUUUGAUGUGGGAACAGAAAUCAACUUGUCUUUCAGCACUAGGAAUGAAUCUGGCAUCAUGCUCUUUGGUACUAAUGGGGCACCCAUAACCCCAAGGAGAAAACGCAGGCAGACUGGGCAGGUCUAUUAUGCAGUGUUUCUCAACAGAGGUCGACUAGAAGUACACAUCUCUACAGGGACAAAGGAUCCUCGUAGGCUAACCAUCAAGCCUGAAUCUGGCGAGUUUCAUGAUGGCCGAGAACAUUCCAUCCGAAUAGAAAGACUUGGAGGGUUGUUUGCUAUACAAGUAGAUGAAGACAGAAGUCAGUUUCAGAGACUCCAAACAGACCAGUCUAUUUCCGUCAAGAAGCUUUUUGUAGGAGGGACACCACCUGAGUUUCACAUAGCCCCUAUCAGAAACAUUCCUCACUUUGAGGGUUGUAUAUGGAAUCUUGUCAUCAAUGCUGUUCCAAUGGAUUUCGCCCAACCAGUGUCAUUUGAAAAUGCAGAUAUUGGCCAGUGUCCUGAUCUAACACCACUGCCUGAAAAAGAGGAAGAUAAAAUUUCCCGCACAACAGACUUGAUCCAUCCAGAACCAGAUACUAAGGAAAAGGAGGAAAUUGUGACUCCUCCUCCUCUACCACCCUUACCACCCUCACAUGAAUUUUGUGCAGCGGACAGGGAACCAAUUGCCUUAGAAGGUGGCAAGCAAUUUGGUCUCUCAAGGAACAGCCACAUUGCCAUUGCAUUUGAUGAUACCAAAGUUAAGAAUCGGCUCACAAUUGAAUUUGAAAUCAGAACAAAGGCUGAAUUUGGCUUGGUUUUUUACAUGGCCCGGAUCAACCAUGCUGAUUUUGCUACUGUUCAGAUACAGAAUGGCUUUCCAUACUUCAAAUAUGACCUGGGAAGUGGGAACACCAGCACAAUGAUUCCUAGCAAAAUAAAUGAUGGUCAGUGGCAUAAGAUAAAUAUAAUUCGAUCAAAACAAGAAGGCAUCCUUGUAGUGGAUGACACCAGAAACAGCACAGUUAGCCCAAAGAAAGCUGAUAUUUUGGAUGUUGUGGGGAUGUUGUAUGUUGGAGGAUUGCCCAUUAACUAUACAACUAAAAGAAUUGGUCCAGUUAUCUAUAGCAUUGAUGGCUGUAUCCGAAAUUUUCAAAUGACUGAGUCACCUGUUAACCUGAAUAACCCUACCUCUAGUUAUAAUGUUGGAAAGUGCUUUGUCAAUGCACAGGAUGGAACAUACUUUGCUGGAACAGGGUUUGCAAAAACAGUUGGAGCAUAUAAAGUGGGGACAGAUCUGCAAGUGGAAUUUGAGUUCCGUACAGCUCGGACAAAUGGUGUUUUGUUGGGAAUCAGCAGCCAAAAAAUGGAUGGACUUGGCAUUGAGCUGAUAGAUGAAAAAGUGAUGUUCCAUGUGGAUAAUGGUGCAGGUCGAUUCUCUGCCAUCUAUGAACCUGCUGUUGCAGGUAGCUUGUGUGAUGGUCAGUGGCAUAAAGUUAUUGCAAACAAGAUAAAGCACCGUCUAGUACUGUCGGUGGAUGGAUACCAAGUAGAAGGUGUCAGUUCAAACGCAGCCUCCUCUUCAGCAGACACUAAUGAUCCUGUCUUUGUUGGAGGAUAUCCUGAUGGCCUGAAUCAGUUUGGCCUGACCACCAACAUCCGUUUCAAAGGAUGCAUUCGAUCAUUGACGCUCACAAAAGGGGCUUCUAAACCUCAAGAAAUUAACUUCAGCAAGGCCUUGGAGAUCAAGGGAGUUCAGCCUCUAUCAUGCCCUGCAUAUUAACAGCACAUCAUUCAUCUCAGAUAAUGUGCCUGACCGGUUUUUUUAAAAAAACACCCUGAUGUGAUGUUUAAAGAAUUCUAUAUUUACCUUAUCUUCGUAAUAAAAGGUCCUUGUGCAAAUAUUUUGAUUUCAGCCUGUGACAUAUUAAGAACGGUGUGUUUUCAGUGUGGGUUUCUAAACAUCUUCCCUUUGGAGUGAAUAACUUAGCAAGUUUCUUUUGUGCAAUUUGUCAUUCUUAGUUUUUUUCUAUUAGUUUGAAGUGAAGAUAUUUAGCAUAUUUUUGAUGAACAAAAUCAUACAGGCCUAGAUCUAUGCUUGCCAGUAUAAAUGGGCUUCUUCCAAAGCAGUGAUUCAGAUAGUAAAUGUGUCUGUUGAGACAGACCACUGUGUAUUCCAGUUACACAUGUUGGUUGAUAGUGGUGGAUCUUACAAGGUUAAUGAUGUCUUUCUUGGUAUUUUCUUGACUGUGUGGCCUUUGGCUCUAUUUAUGUAGUUCCCCCAUGAACCUUGAGCCAGAAUGUAACCAGCAAAACAAGCUUGGCCCAUUACAGAAAAGUGGUAAGAAAAAAUGUGCUAAGUGCUGAGCCAUCAGCUUUUGGAACUUCCAUUAUGACAUCCAAAAAGUGGAAAUUCUGCACUAUGUACACCAUUUUAAAUUUAAGUAGGAUGGAAUAAAAUGUUUCAGCAAGGUUCAGUGUUCUGCUACUUAGUAUAGUCAGGACAAAAAUACCAAAGAGAGAGAGAGAGAAUUUUAAGAGUGUGUAUUGUGGCUAGCUUUUGUACAUCAUAAUAGCCAGAAAGGUUAUCCUGAAGAAUAAGCAUAUGCUAUCUGAAACCUGUCACUUGUUAUGCGUUCUCCACAGUAACAUGUAUAAACUAUACUCACAUCUGCAGUUCAUGCAUCUCUGCAGAGGAGACAUGACACUCUCCUCUUGAUUAUUGCACAGGCAAUAGGAUAAUUAGAUGUGUAAAUCACUUCCACAUCUGUAAGCUCCAUCUCCACAUAAUGUCUGACCCUGCUCUUAAUUAGAGCUAGAGAUGGUCAAGCACUUUCCUCUUUACAUGCAAAGGCCUACUAUGCUGCACUUCAGAUUCCUAAGAAAAAUUGUGCAAGUACUCCAUCAGUGUCUGAGGUUUCUUUUAAAAACAAACAGAAAAGAUUAUUCAAGGACCCUUUAAAAACUGUGUUGGUUCAAUUUUGCCUAGCAUCUAAAUUUCCUUGAUUUUCAAGUGCUCUGCCAGGGUUUGCUAUGCUCUGUUUGGUUUAAUAUAUGGUAUCCAUGAUAUGAAAAACGUAUUUUCUUUACAUGUGUGCUGGGGAGGAGAGGAAGAAGGAAGGAAAAUGGUAAUGUUUACUGCCUAACCAGUUUGUACAAUGUUAUUACAAAGAACAUUUUGAACUGAAAUCCUAAUAUAUCAUUUGAACAGCA